CAAUAAAAAGGUGUACACAAGAUUGCUCGAAAAUUCGAAAACAGGGGACUCUCGCCCGAUAAAUUCCCUGUCGCACAAGCGUCAUCCCAGCAGCAACUCAACACUUCCAAGCUGGUGACAUAGCCAUGGUUGUCUUCAAAGUUUCUCGCGUUCAGACCUCUCCCUUCGAUGGCCAGAAGCCCGGAACCUCUGGUCUCCGCAAGAAGGUGAAGGUGUUCGUGCAACCUAAUUACUUGCAUAACUUCGUUCAGGCCACCUUCAAUGCACUCACUGCUGAAAAAGUUAGGGGUGCUACACUGGUUGUAUCCGGCGAUGGUCGUUAUUUUUCAAAGGAUGCUAUUCAGAUAAUUACUAAAAUGGCAGCUGCAAAUGGAGUAAGACGAGUUUGGGUUGGUCAGAAUGGACUGCUUUCAACUCCUGCUGUAUCUUGCGUUAUACGUGAACGAGUUGGCCCUGAUGGUUCCAAGGCAACAGGUGCAUUCAUACUGACUGCAAGUCACAAUCCUGGUGGCCCUCAUGAGGAUUUUGGUAUUAAGUAUAACAUGGAAAAUGGUGGGCCUGCACCCGAGGGAAUUACUGAUAAGAUAUAUAAAAAUACAACUACAAUUACAGAGUACUUGAUUGCUGAAGAUCUGCCAGAUGUGGAUAUCUCCGCAUUAGGUGUUACAAACUUUACAGGCCCUGAAGGACCAUUUGAUGUUGAGGUGUUUGACUCAGCAACCGAUUAUGUAAAAUUGAUGAAGUCAAUUUUUGAUUUUGAAUCUAUCAGGAAACUGUUGACAUCUCCUAAAUUCUCAUUCUGUUAUGAUGCACUACAUGGAGUUGCUGGAGCAUAUGCAAAGCGUAUUUUUGUGGAUGAACUUGGGGCACAAGAAAACUCUUUACUUAACUGUGUACCAAAGGAAGACUUUGGAGGAGGACAUCCAGAUCCCAAUUUGACUUAUGCAAAAGAAUUGGUUGCUCGGAUGGGAUUGGGCAAUUCAGAAACACAAGGUGAGCCACCAGAGUUUGGUGCUGCUGCCGAUGGUGAUGCAGAUCGCAACAUGAUACUUGGUAAAAGGUUUUUUGUCACUCCUUCAGAUUCUGUGGCCAUUAUUGCUGCAAAUGCUGUUGAAGCUAUACCAUACUUUUCUGCUGGCUUAAAGGGAGUUGCCAGGAGCAUGCCAACCUCUGCUGCCCUGGAUGUUGCGGCCAAGCAUCUGAAUCUGAAAUUUUUUGAGGUUCCGACAGGUUGGAAGUUCUUUGGUAAUUUAAUGGAUGCUGGUUUAUGUUCAAUCUGUGGUGAAGAAAGUUUUGGAACCGGUUCGGACCAUAUUCGUGAGAAAGAUGGAAUCUGGGCAGUUUUGGCCUGGCUUUCCAUACUUGCAUAUAAAAAUAAAGAUAAACUCCAGGACAAGCUUGUAACAGUUGAAGACAUAGUUCGCAACCAUUGGGCUACUUAUGGGCGUCACUAUUAUACUCGAUAUGACUAUGAAAAUGUAGAUGCAGGUGCAGCAAAGGAGCUGAUGGCAUAUUUGGUCAAACUGCAGUCCUCCCUCCCAGAAGUCAAUAAGAUUGUUAAGGGAGUAAGAUCGGAUGUUUCGAACGUUGUCAAUGCUGAUGAAUUUGAAUACAAAGAUCCUGUGGAUGGUUCCAUUUCGUCACAUCAGGGAAUCCGGUAUUUGUUUGAGGAUGGAUCAAGAUUGAUUUUCCGUCUCUCGGGAACUGGAUCAGAAGGUGCAACUAUUCGACUAUACAUUGAGCAGUACGAGAAGGAUCCAUCAAAAACUGGGAGACUUUCCCAUGAAGCCCUUGCUCCUCUUGUGGACGUUGCAUUGAAACUUUCGAAGAUGCAGGAAUACACCGGUCGAUCUGCUCCAACAGUCAUUACAUAAGUGAAUAUCGGUUUUAAUCCAAGGCUUGCGCAAGUCGUUUCUUGUCUAUCUUCAUUUUAAUCUUCUGAGUGCCCAACCUUUGCUGUUUGGGUGUUUGCCGUCCCCGGCGCUUGAGUGGAACAUAAAUUACUGCAACUAAGUUUUGAUGUGCUCAAUAAUUUAAAACUGCCGUGUAUGUGUUGAUUAUACACGUUUUGCGA